AGGCAAAAAAGGGGUUUCUAGAUCAUACUUCGAGAAAAAAACACACGCGCACAUACUCAGGGGCGUCCGGAAGCGGCUGUGGGGCAGGUACGCGGCCGAAAUCAGGGACCCCUUCAAGAAGACCCGCGUGUGGCUCGGCACCUUCGACUCCGCCCGCGCCUACGACUCCGCCGCCCGCUCCCUCCGCGGCUCCAAGGCCAAGACCAACUUUUUCCCUUUUGCCCUCCCCUAUCCCCGAUCUUAUUACCAACAAAAAACCAACUGGAACGAUCACCUGAUAAACAAACAAUCAGGUCCAAUCACGUCCCAACACGAGUAGUCUCAGAAGCACCGUGGAGUCGUCCAGCGGGCCCAGGCCCUCGGUUACGGCGCGGUCGAUGAGGGCGGCUCAGCAAGAACAUCGGUUUAAACCGCCAGUUCGGCCGGAGGAGUGCCGGAGCAACUGCGACUCGUCGUCGGUGGUCGACGAUUGUUGUCGGAACGAUCUCAUGUCGAGGUUUCAGAAACCUGUAAGUAUUUCCGUUUUAUCUCAACCUGGCGCGGCCGGUGCACUCUCUCUCUCUCUGGGUUUCCUAUUUCUUCUCCCACAUUCUACUUUUCUCUCACGUUCUUCCACAGUGUAAUCAGAUAUCUCUGUACUUUCUCUUUCUUCGAGAAUAAAAUACACACACAAGCGAGCGCACUCUCUCUCUCACACACACACUCUCUCGAUAUUUUCCCUACUACAUUGCCUGCAUUGGUUUAAAGAAAAAAGGAAAAUUGCUCUGCUUGGUGUUUCUGCGUGGUUUUGGGUAGAGUAAAAGGUGCCGUACAAAUUUUGAUGCAAGUUUGGUGUUAGUUUACGGUUUGCAGGUGAUUAAAUUCCCCCUGGAAGAUGUUCACUGAAGGUCUCCACAACAGUGUCCUCCAAUGGGAUUCUGGGCAAGCAUUCUUUUUCGGAACAAAGGAAAGGAGCUGAGGUUAUAUUGUUGGUCAACGCAGGUUAUGCUAGAUACAAUGGGUUCGGAGUUGCAGGUUGUCAACAACACUGAGAAAACUCUUCAGCUUCAGGAGCAUGGUAAAGUUAUUCUGACACCUGAUCAUGGCCAGGAAGCUUCUUCUGAAAUAUUACCAAUCAACUUUUCCGGACUGUCAAAGGCAGUGAAGAAGGGUGACACCAUCUUUGUUGGUCAUUACCUGUGUACCGGAAGUGAAACUACUUCUGUUUGGCUGGAGGUAGAUGAAGUGAGAGAGGAAGACGUGGUUUGCGUGAUAAAGAAUAUUGCAACAUUGACAGGCUCAUUGUUCACCCUGCAUGCCUCUCAAGUUCAUAUUGAUUUGCCAACCCUCUCUGAUAAAGAUAAGGAGGUGUUCUUAUUUCAAAAGGUUGCUGUUUACAAGUGAAACAUGGGUGGAAAACCUGCUAUGGUAACUCGAGUUGUCGAUAGUAUGACAGGAAAUCGUAGGCCAACUUGUACAGAACCAACUGAUGUUGCCAAUGCUGUAUUAGAUGGAACUACAGAAAGAGGGAGUGAGUGUAGCACUAAGUUCUAGUGCUGACAAGCUUAUGCCUGGAACAAAUACGUGGUGGACACAUUAGGUUUCCGGGAAACUAGAGCUUGAAAGGCUCAUGGUGAACUCUUCAAGAACUCGACAGCUCUGGAAGCACGUCGUGCGGUAGGAAGACAAGCAUUUCAUGCUUUGUCGAGGGGGGUUAUUGAAAAUGUUUGGAAUCUAUUACAUUCCCAUGUUUUCAGAAAAUCUCUGUGUUAGAUAGGAAAGCUGCCGCCUACAGAGCUAAAGCGUCAUAAGAAGCUUUGCUGCAUACGAGAAAACAUCAGUUGUCAAUUAUUAUGCCGUUCAUCACUUCGGGUCAAAACCCUCUUUCUGUGAGACAACACCAGCCCACUUUUUAGAAGGCACGUAGGAUUUGUGCGAGUCUCAUGCAUUACAUCACCGUCAGCGCAUCUGCCUCCCAAUAUUGGGGAUGUGUGUAAGACCAAAUUAAUGCUAUAAAAGGGUUCUCCAGGCUAGGUAAUGACUGAUUUCUAGCACAUACAAUCCUGGUUGGAGAGAUCACCGAAAUUUCUAUUUGAGGCCAUAAGAUCCAAACGGCCCCUCUUUUGCACAACCACGACCUAACUACCCUAAUACUUCCAAUCAAGCGGCCUACCAAAGGGCACCUGAUAAGCCCUCAAUAGUGUAAAUAACGGGGCUUAUCUCACUCAUUUUUGCCACACAUGCGCCUAACUUGUUAGAUUUGUUUGAUAUUGCGUGGAAGGUUGUGUUUUUUGUGUUACAGGUAAAUUGUAGGAAAUAAGGCAUGUGUUGACGCCAUGGAUGGCUGCCAAUAGCGUCCAAGGCCCGAGGCCUUGUGGUACCUCAUUGCCAAGUCCCAAAAGUCAUGAAUUAAAGCUAGGAAGCAUGCUCGGGGACCCCAAGAGUCAAUGGCCGAAGAAGUAAGGAAGUGGGGAAAUUGCCUAGGUGGUACUAGUACCGCUCAAAUCUUGGUUUCGGUACCAAAACAACA